UAGCUAAUAUCAUAAAUUUUGCUAUGGUUCAGAAUUCUUUUCAGUUUUGCACUAUGCUUUAUAUUUAAAGUAUUCACAUUGUUUUCUAUUGUGAUUGACAGAAAAGGAGAAUACAGGUUUAACACCAAUGAUAAAACUACAGAAACCUCAUGGUGUGUAUCCUGAAACACAAACAUAUACACCUCACUCAGAGACAGAGAGUGCACACACACAUCCACUGGACUCCAUCACUAUAGUUCCAACUACACUGUCACACACAUGGACAAACAAUUUACCAAGAGAGCUGGAAAAAGAUGGACGUGAGCAUGAGGAUCUCCAGAAGGCCAAGGUCCUCCUCCAAACUACAGCAGUGACCUUUGAACCUACAGCUGUACACACGUCAGACAACCCUUAUGACACCACCACAACAUAUUUGGAUCCGAACACUUCAGGGACGGAGAGCAAUCAAAUCCUGUUUCACCCAGUAACCAUGUCCCUGCCAGCCAAACUAAAGACUGAGGCUACACCGACUCCUACACAGCUGUCUCCUGAGGACAAUAGAGAUGAAAGCAAGGAAAAGAUAAGCAGUGAGGAUGAACAAAUAAGAAAAAGGCUGCAGGUCACCACCCCAAGCAAGAUCACUGAAGAUCAGGCCAAAUUGUUUGAGAUAAACACACUAGCUAACACACACACCACCACAAAGCAUCUCUCACAAGAUGAGGAGGUGACAGACACAGAGAGUCAAGAUGAAGAAGAACACAGUGAUGAAGACAAUCUGCAGACAAGUGCAGAAAUACAGGAUAGGAUUGCUGGUCACACAACUGCACUGAAUGACAUCACCAUCACUCCCAUGACCUCUCACCUCUUACCUAAAAAUCUUAUGCAACACAUAGAGGCCAAAGCUGACACCCAAUCACAAGCAACUUCAACAUUAUUCCCUAAAACAACAAAUAUGCCAAUAACACACCAAACAUCACCCAGACUCACCACACACACUUCACUUACUGGACCAUUCACACCAAGCACAUUGCAAACACAGACAACUUUCACAAAAUCACCACACACACCAUACACCUCACAUACACUACUUACGAAGCCCACAAGCACCCACAAAUCCUCAGUGACGCCUCACCAAAGCCCUAGCAGCAUAUGGAAAGUCCCAGAUACACACAACCACAAAACUGAGCCUCGCCCGCUACACACGCCCAGGUUUCCUCACACGCCCAAACCCAAUACCACCUCGUCUUCAUCACCCACCCCUACAAAGGGUUAUUCUGAAGAAGAGGAGGAGGAAGUGGAGGACGAGAAAUAUAAGGAGAUGAAGAGAGAGCUGUUGGACAGUUCCCAGGAGGCAGAGUCAAAAAAGCCUCUUCAGCAAGCAAAGCGAAUGAUGCCACUCUUCUCCUGGCCCCUGCUGGAGGCACCAGGACUGCCUGAGAUUCUGCUAAACUCACAAUCAGAUGAGUGCAGCAUGACAUUUACCCAGUACAGCUCCACUGGAGCGGUAAUUAGGGAGUUUGCAGCGUUGGGGGAAAUGUUGUACUGCUUAACCGGCCGCUGUCCUCAAGAGUACGAACACUACGGCUGCUACUGUGGACAGCAGGGUAGUGGAAUUCCUCAAGACCACCUGGACCGGUGCUGUUUUCUUCAUCAGUGUUGUCUGGAGCAGCUCACAUUGCUGGGCUGCAGGAGAGAUAGGAAACUCAACAUUCACAUCAACUGCCACAACGGCAAACCCCAAUGUCUGGGAGUAAGUGUAUGUGAUCGACUGCAGUGUGUGUGUGACCGCACCACGGCCGAGUGCAUGGCAGCAUCUCAUUUCAACCAUUCGGUCACCUCCAAGUGUUAUGGGCCCCGCCCCCUCUGCAUGCACAGACUACGCCCACCACCACAACCCACCAAUGAUGACUCCAGCCAGGAGAGCUCAGAAAUUGCCAAAUCAGAUCUACAAACACACACAGGGCCUCAGCAAACACUCCACACACAUAGUAAACCUGGAGGGGGUACCAGAGAGCAAGAGGGUGAUGAUGUAGGAAAACCAGAAGCAGAGGAGGACAAAGAAGAAGAGGAAGAGGGAAAUGAAGAAGAGGAAAGAGGAGGAGAAGAUGAAGAAAUCUAGAAAUCACAUCCUAAAGCAUAUAAACAGCUGUAAUACAGUGUAGUGCACAUCUAGUACACCAUGUUAACAAUAUUGUGCAAAUGAAAGACAAGACUAAACUAAAAUUCCACACCUUCGAGGUGCAUUAAAAUGUUAUGGCACAGUAUAGAGUAAUUGUUGUUCUUCAGCAUGUUAUAUUUCCCUAUAUCAACAAGUCUCAUUGUAUUCUAGCUCAAUGGCAGAUAGUUAACAUUAGCCUCAGUUGAACACAAACCCCUACUUCAUGCAAGUUAAUCUGUAUUAUCUAGUGUGUGAUGUGUUUCCAAAACAAAUUUACUUAUAUAUUGCAAGAGCCUAAAAAAUAAAUAAAUUCUGAAACAAUAUUAAAUGCUGAAAUUUGUCUAUUUAUGGCCUAUUGAUGACUUGAGUUAUUUCAGGUAAAUGAAAUGUCUAUGUAAGGACCCCUACUGUUAUAGGUAUAGUAGUGCUUGAAAGUUUGUGAACACUUUAGAAUUUUCUAUAUAACUGCAUAAAUAUGAAAUCAUAUUUUCACACAAUUCCUAAAAAUAGACAAAGAGAACCCAAUUAAACAAAUGAGAAAAAAAAAUAUUAUACUUGGUCAUUUAUUUAUUAAGGAAAAUGAUCCAAUAUUACAUAUCUGUGAGUGGCAAAAGUAUGUAAACCUCUAGGGUUAGCAGUUAAUUUGAAGAUGAAAUUAAGAGUCAGUGUUUUCAAUCAAUGGUUUUAUAGGAGUUCUGGUACAGGAAAUCUGCUUUAGGUCAUAUUUAUGCAGAUAUAUAGAAAAAUCUUUCAAGCACCACUUUAUUUCUUCAGUCAACUAAUCAGUAGAAGAAAAACUAAACAUAACUUAAGCCAGAUACCUUUAUUUUAACUGAAGCUAAACAACAUAAUGUUUGCAUGGAAAGAGAAUGCUUGAUUAAUCUGAGAACAUAAGUGUAAUGAAACAUUGCAUAUACAUUUUAAAUGUAUUUGGUUUUUUUUUUAAUAAAAAAUGACUGACCUAAGUUCUCAUGUAGACAGUUUUUUAAUAAAAUCACAAUUAAUAGGAGGUAUUGCUUUGAAUAUAAAAAUCUUUAUUGAUAUUGUUUGUUUUUGCUGUGCACAGGAAAGUGGUUGAGCAUCCAACACCCUGCUAGACAGAAAUUUGGCAUUUAUAGCAUCUUAGUGGUUUUUUUUUUUUUUUUUUUACAAA